CUUAACCGCGUCUACUUCCAAUUAUUGUUAUUUUUUAUAGCCAUAAAUCCACGAAUGAAUGAAUAUACAUGUAUAGACGGCUAGUUAUAGGCAUAGCAGAAAAUUAUGCGUGGCAAAAUCAAUUGUAAUAAAUUGGAUACAAAAUCACCUAAAUUUGAGUCUGGAACCACAACGACAACAGCAACAGCUCUGGUUCAACAGGAGGUGAAGGCAGUCAACCAUGGCUUGAAUCUCCUCUCCUCUCUAUCUCUCUCUCUCUCUCGCCCGCGGGCGCUCGUUCGCUCGAGGUGGCAGUCUUCGGAUGGAAUUCUAUAGCUUUCCGGAACAAGAAUAUGCAGAUACUUAUUUGAUUCAAGGUACUGAGUUAAACUCACAGUUCAGUAGCCCAAGUCUUGAAGCCAUGUAUAGCGAAGGAGCUCCGGAAUUCAUCGUUGAUCAGGGCUUGUAUUAUCCUACUGCCACAAAUUAUGGAUAUAUCUGUACAGGAUUUGAAUCACCUGGUGAAUGGGAUGACCACCGCAGGGUUUUUGGUCUGGAUGGUCAAGAUAUCCAAUAUGCCGGUUCCCAAACUGAAACUUUUCCCUUUCUAUAUUACACACCUACCUAUGGAUAUGGACAGUACACCUACAACCCUUACAUUCCUGGGGCUAUGGUGGGAGUUGAUGGGCAAUUUCUAGGGGCACAACAGUACUACACCAUCCCAUCUUAUGAAAAUCCUUCAUCUGCACCAGCAUAUUUCCCCAUGGUUGUUCAGUCUAGGUCAGAUCUCAUUGCAAAUAAUACAACAGACCCCUUCCUUCAUACUACCACAUCUACUGCUAAUAGAGCUGAUCGCUCAGGUCUGAAGCAAAAUAUUUCUUCAGCUUCUUCUGCCCUUUCCUCAAAUCUUUUGGGGCCUGCUUCUAGUCAAGCUAGUUCCAUGAUGAUGGUAUCUGAUGGAACUAAAACGAAUGCUACAGCUAACGUACGACCUAUCACACAUGCAAAUGUUACAUCCAACAGAUUGUCCCGCCCAGCUUCUAACCAAAUUCUUCAGGGUGGAGUUAGUCAAGCCCUGGAGCAUAUGCCACCUGGGAAGGCUUUUCCGAGCAGUAGUCAAUUUAAAGUUGCUCAACCACGUGCUAAUGGGAUGUCUAGCUUUGGAUCUACAUUGCAUGUGGAGCCCACUACAGAUAAAGUUCAAUCCACGUUUCCUCACGGGAGAGGUCCAAAUGUUACAAAAGUAAGGCCUGAUGCACUUGGUGAGCAGAAUCGAGGCCCUAGAGUUGACAAACCAGAAAAUCAAUUAUCAGUUAAAGCUUACACAACCAGGGCAGGAGAUGCUGAUACGGAGGGAAAUAUUAUUAUUAAUACCGAUGGAUAUAAUAAGGAUGACUUUCCACUUGACUACACCAGUGCCAAAUUUUUUGUUAUUAAAUCGUACAGUGAAGAUGAUGUGCACAAGAGUAUUAAGUACAAUAUUUGGUCCUCCACACCCAAUGGGAACAAGAAGCUAAACAGUGCUUAUGAAGACGCUCAAAGAUUUGCAAAUGGGGAUUCAGGACGCUGUCCAAUUUUUCUCUUCUUUUCUGUAAAUGCAAGUGGUCAGUUCUGUGGUGUUGCUGAGAUGACUGGCCCUGUAGAUUUUUACAAAGAUAUGGAUUUUUGGCAGCAAGACAAGUGGACUGGGAGCUUCCCUGUCAAGUGGCACAUAAUAAAGGAUGUGCCAAACCCCAACUUCAGGCACAUAAUAUUAGAGAACAAUGAUUAUAAACCAGUAACUAACAGUAGAGACACACAAGAGGUACGCUUCAGGAAAGGAAUUGAGAUGCUGAAAGUAUUUAAGACCCAUGUAUCCAAGACUUCUUUACUUGAUGACUUCAUGUACUAUGAAAAUAGACAGAAACUUUUACAGGAAGAGAAAGCUAGGCUGCUUAUGAAAAAAUACGAACAUCCAGUUCUUGUUCCUAUUUUGGAUCCUCCAGACAAGCUUACUUCUAGGAUUAACUUUUCUUCUAAACAAGAUGAUAUGAGUUACAAAUGUAAUGAUUCAAACCACUCUGAUCAUGAUACAGCUGCGUCUGUUAAGACUGCUGGCUUAGAUGGUGAUACUGUAAAUGAUGAUGUUGUGGAUGUAGCAGAUGGGGAAGCAAGCAUAAAUGAUUUUCUAAAGAUUGGCACACUCACUAUUACUCCAAAGCAGUCUGGCUCCGAGCUCUUGGGGGUUGUUACUGCUACUGUGGCAAACUCUUCUCUGUCUGAUGUUGUUACAGUAGGAUCUGUGCCUGUCAGGAUAAAGGAAACAGCAGAAUCUCCUGGUUUUCUGACAUUUGGGACUAUUCAAGUUGAUCCUACUGUUCUCGACCACGACAUGGCUUGCUAUCGCGGCAAAGGUGGACAAAAAUAGGUCGGUGUGUGGUCAAAUUUCGAUGACGGGAGUCCAUCAACUAUGACAAAGCAUUUGCUCUAUAUGGUGGGUCAUAUUGGCCCCCCCCACCCUCUCUCUCUCUCUCCCCAAAACACAACUAGAUGCCUUUCCAUUGUAAAACUGAGUGUAUUAUGCUGGGGCAGUGUAGUUGUAGGUCAUUCUCAUUUUCCUUUAAAGCUUAGUCUGGGAAGGGAUAUUGAUUUGAUCCCGAUGUUAUACUAACCUUCUUUUGGGUAUUGGAGAUUAUGGGUCUAUGGUGGCGGGCAAAUUGGCAAAUUUUUUUGGUAUAUACCUUGUAAUUUACCUUUUUUGCUGUACUUUAAAGCAAUUUUAAUUACCUAGUCAGGGAGUCGUGAUUUCGCAGGAGUUAA